AUGACAAAUCGAGCUAUAUUGACACCAAAGAACAACUUCGUCGAUGAGAUAAAUACAAUACUUAUUCAAAGAUUUCCUGGUACAGUUACACAAUACUAUAGCUUCGAUGAAACGAUUGAUACAUCAGAACAAGGCAUCAUGAAGGAUUUCUUAAACACAUUAACACCAAAUGGACUUCCACCCUAUGAAUUGUUACUAAAAAAAAAUUGUCCUAUCAUGUUACUCAGAAAUGUCAAUCCUUCAGAAGGUUUGUGCAAUGGAACACGUCUUAUUUGUCGCAACUUUGAACGAAAUAUCAUUGAUGCUGAAAUUGCAGUUGGUCACCACACCGGAAAAAGAGUUUUCAUACCAAGGAUUCCUUUCUUGCCAAAUGCAGACGAUAAUAGUGGCUUCAACUUGCGGACUGUCUAUACAUCAAUCAAAAACAUUACUCCAAGUACAAGAAAUUGGAGCAUCAAGAUGAUUGUGUCAGACAAAUCACCCAAACGUAUUGCACAACAUUCACCAACAAAAUAUCAAAAUCUAACAUUGAUAGACCCUGAGGGCAACCGACUACAAGCAACAAUUUUCGGCAAAGAUAUAGACCUACGUAAUGACAUGUUACACAUAUUCCGGUUUUACUACAUCAGUAAUGCUUAUGUUAAGCCUUUAGAUCCCAAGCAUAGAAUUGAAGCACAUGAAUACCAGUGGAUCUUAAAUUCAAGAACAAUCAUCGAAAACAUUCCAGAUGACGAAGUGGAAUUACAACCACCAGAAUAUGAUAUUAUCCCAUUCACCAAUCUGCAUGACUACAAAGACACUGGAACUGAAAUAGCUAUUCUGGCGAUCGCAAUAUACAUGAAACCUCCUAGAGAAAUUACCUCAAUACAUGGGCCAACAAAAAUUCAAGAAAUAUAUGUUAUCGACCAGAGCCUAAUGCCCAUAUGGUUAACUAUGUGGAGUCGAUUUGUGGAUGGUGAAUGCCGAGCAAUCUCUGAUAUUAUUGAAGCUAAGCCAACUCUACUCGCAACACGUUUAAAAGUCGGUUCAUACAAUGGUCUUUCUCUUUCAUCUCAACCAACAAGUGUAUUUACCUUAAAUCCUGUCAUCCCUGCUGCAACUCCAUUAUGUCAAUGGACGAUGCUUAAUCAUGCACUGCUUGAAGAAAUCGUCGAAAAAAAUCUACAUCAUACAACGGCAUCAGCAUCAGCAUCGACAUCAAAUGUUGACAUGAAAGACAUAAUUAAGCUUGAUGAUCUUGCUGGUUUUCUUAAAUCACUACAACCAAUGACGCUGUCGAGCUUACAUCGACGUUGACGAUGGUAAUGGACGACUGGGGGCUGUCAUGUUCGGUCAAAUUGCAGAAGAAGCUCUAGGUUGCACAGCAAUCGAACUAAUGGAACAUACAGGAGAGGUAA